AUCACCAGACAAUUUGCUGCUGCUCAACCUAUACGAGGACUCUGAUUGGAUCUCUGACCCCCUUUAUCACCCCUGGUGCUGGUUAAACCCUCUCAGAUCGGCCUUCUUCUUCUUCUGGAAGUCAGUGAUGAGCACCGGGACAUCACUCAGAACUUUAUCCUGCAACGUGAGCGGGAGCCGGGUCCAGGGCUUGGUCCUGCAGCCGGCCUGGGACUACCUGCACCAGAACCACCACGAGGUCCUGAGCAGCCCCCUGUUCCCCGUGGUCCUCUCCAUCUCCACCUACUUCGCCAUGGUGGCUGGCUACACGCUGCUGGACCUGCUGGCGCCCACCUGGCCCUGCAUCAACCGCUACCGGCUGCACCCUGACCGGACCAUCACCUGGCCCAACAUCUGGACCACGCUGGGCGUCACGGUCUACAACCACCUGGUCUACAUCUUCCCGGCGGCGGUGGCCCAGUGGCUGUGGCGGCCGCCCAUCCAGCUGCCCUGCGAGGCGCCCACUCUCUGGAGCUUCUUCCUGGGCGUGCUGGGCUGCAUCGUGGUCUUUGACUUCCAGUAUUACCUGUGGCACCUGCUGCACCACCGGGUCCCGCUGCUGUACCGCACCUUCCACGCCGUGCACCACCAGUACAACCAGCCCUUCAGCCUGGUCACCCAGCACCUGUCGGGCUGGGAGCUGGUCAGCGUGGGCUUCUGGUCCACCAUAGACCCCAUCCUGCUGCAGUGCCACUGCCUCACCACGUGGGCCUUCAUGGUCUUUAACAUCUACGUGUCCACCGAGGACCACUGUGGCUACGACUUCCCGUGGGCCACGCACAACCUGGUGCCCUUCGGCCUUUGGGGCGGGGCGCCCAAACACGACGCCCACCACCAGAAGCCCAACACCAACUUCGCCCCAUUCUUCUCCCACUGGGACUGGCUGGGGGGCACCAACACCACGCCAACCGCCCCAAGCCGCCACGCCGCCGCCGCAUGGGAGCCAGACGAGACGAAAGAAAGAAAGGACUAAAGAGUUAACCCAUUGAGGCCUGAAAAACCGCUGGGCGAUUUUAAAAUAAGCCUCUAAUUUUCUGGAAAUUCUGGAAAAAUUCUGGAAAAAAAAGUGUCAACUCUUCUACUAAAUAAUAGAUUUUUCAGCCUCUGUAGCAGAUAGAAAUGAAAUUCAAAAAGUAUUUGAGAGCUUAUACAAAUACUACAAAACGACGUAAACGCUUUCCAGGCUU